AUGAACUUUGACCAAAAGUUUCAAGGAUUGGUCCAAAACAAGAAUCCUCACAAGGCCAAGAAGAGAAAGAGUAGCACCACCACAAACAACAACUCACUCAAAGUUGUCUACAUUUCUAGCCCGAUGAAGGUGAAGACUAGCGCGUCUCGUUUCCGGUCGCUCGUCCAAGAGCUCACGGGCAAGAACUCCGACAUCUCCCGGUACACGGGUGACGAGAGCAACUUCACGGCCGGGGGAGAGUUCCUCGAGACGGAUCACUUUUUCCCCGGCGACUUGUCGCCGGAAAACGAGCCUAGCCAAGGCUACGAGAAGUUGUCAUCGUCCUCGAUCGACGGUACCCCCACGAGCUCGGACUCGGUUCUAGGGACGCCGGCUAUGGACGGCGUGUUCGUGUCGCAAAUGAGGGAGCAGUUCGAGGAUAUAUUUUCGGUCGACUCGUUUUACGGCCCGACCCAGAUGGAUAUUCUUGGGAGUUUUGAUGAGUUGCUAUGA